CAACUGCAGGACAAUGUCUAGUAAAGCGACUUUAGCCUUACUCAUCUAUGGAAUCAUAAUGCAUUACAGCGUCAACUGCUCACCUGUGGGGCUUAGCUUUCCCAGUGUUAGACUUGACAGUGAGGUUUACGAUGAGGAUGGAAACUCCUUACCAUCCCUGGAUUAUGACAGAGACCAAAUGGAUGUGAGGGGUCCUGCGUCUGUGGCUGACGACGUCUACACUUUGUAUUACCCACCAGAGAAAAGAACGGAAAGGCAUGCAGACGGCAUGUUUAAUAAAGCCUACAGGAAAGCGCUGGGUCAGUUAUCAGCAAGGAAAUAUCUGCAUUCUCUGAUGGCAAAACGUGUAGGUGGGGGGAAAGCUUUGGACGACAGCUCAGAGCCCCUGUCCAAGCGACACUCAGACGGGAUCUUCACAGACAGCUACAGCCGCUACCGAAAGCAAAUGGCAGUCAAGAAAUACCUGGCAGCAGUCCUUGGGAAAAGCCUUGAAGACAUAGGUCUUCACCAUAUCCUACAAGACAUAGACUUUGAUGCCCUCCCGGACGGGGAUGAGUUUGAGGCUUUUUUGGGAGACUGGCUGAAACAGUUCUCUCCCGAAUUUCCGGCUUUGUGACGCAGGAAGCAGUUUGCGGCUGUGGUGCCUUGCAUCGACUUUAAAAUCGCCAUGAAUCACAGAUGGCUAUUUAGUGGCCCUACAAUGCUGCACAUCAUCAGCUUACAUUUCACCCUUUUGUUGUUGUUUUUGUGUUGCACAGACAGUUGAUAGGACCUUUAGUACCAUCAAGCUUAAAGACGUCAAGCGUUCUUGCUUGCACUGCUUUCUUUUGCACUUUGUUUUUAGAGCACUAGAUUAGAUUUUUUGUGAAAACAGAGGGAAGGAUCAAUUUCCCCUCUCCAUGAAACAUUAUAUGUAUGAUAAUGAAAGCGCCAAUAGCCUUACUAAAUUGAAAUAAUCUUCAAAGAUAUAUAUAUAUAUAUAUUUACUGUGUAGAAAGUGAAUAUUAGAUUACUACUUCAAAUGGCGAUCUGCAAGGGUCAAGUCAAUAAAUGUUUAAAAAAAAGUGUUGUAAGAUUUGUAUGAAUAAAUUUUUGUAAACAACAAAAA